UUAUCCUUUUUUGUUCCGGAAUGGCGCACCCAUCCUCUAAACCAUCCCACUUCCAUUGUCAAUGCGUGCUACCAAGCUUUUGAUCACUUUGGUAUCAAAUUUGAUUUCUCGGGCUGUUCGGUAGCCACUUUGCUACAACUGCCGCUUCAUUACUUGUUAAAGUCUUACCCAACUAAUCACUGGUUGAACAGGCAUAAAAAAUUCUUAGCAAGCAAUUUCUUCAUCUAUGACUCUCGGCUUUGUCGUCUACUGCUGCAAGUUGAAACUGAAUAUACCUGUGAUGUUUUGAUAAUAGAG